AGUUAUUAAUUAACACGUGUAGCACGAUGGCUGACCCUUCUUCUUCAGUAUUUCCCUGUGGAGAGUUCUCAGAGUUUAAAGAGGCGCUGGAGGCCGCUAGGAAGGUUGAUGAUGGGAUUAUAUACAGAUUGAACACCUCAAUACCAACCCUCUCCUUUAAGAAUGAGAUCAGUGCCACUGAGAAAUGUAAAGGACUUUAUGAAGAAGUAAAUACGGUCCAUGCCACAAGAAGGACAGGUAUACAGUCGUGUAUUGAGUAUACUAGUACUAAGAUUGGAGCUUUGAGGAGUAGGAGGGACCAGGAGCCGUCCAAUGAUAAGGUAAUGAAGGACCUACGCAAUGAACAGACGAAACUAAGACUCAUGAAGAAUGAACUAACGGUUGAAGAUAUAGCGAGAGACAGAACUAUGAAGGUAUUUAAAGAGAGAUGCUGGCAAUCUUUCAAACCACCCAACUUACAAUGACUCAAUAGUUAUUAACAGUUAUUAAUGUUAUUAGUUAUUAAUAUUGUGUGAUUCAUAGUCAUGAUACCAGGUGGUGGGUGUGUUCAAUUA